CAUCCCCGCUUUUCCUCCUAUAACCAUCCUCCUCCUUACUCUUCCUCCCAUCAAAAAAAAUACCAUGGAGAGCACUUGUAACAACAGUGAAGAAACAAGUUCAAUACUAACCACAUUUUCAAGAAAAGAUAAGAGAAUGACUCAAAAAGGGUCAAAGAGGAUAAAGAGGAGGAGAGAUAGUGGCUAUAUUGUUAAUAAUGAGAAAAAUCAAGAAGAGGAAGGGGAUGAUAAGGCUGAGGUGGAAGAGAAGAUCAUGGCAUUGCAAAAAAUAGUACCAGGUGGGGAGCAACUUGGUGUUGAUAUGUUAUUUGAAGAAACUGCUGAUUAUAUUUUGCAAUUGCAAUGUCAAGUCAAAGCACUCAAAGUUCUUGCUAGAUUUGUUGAAGGUACUGAGAAAGAAAGGAUGAAGCUUGGAGGUUAAUUAAUUAAUUUGAUGUAAUUUUCUUUGUUCUUUUUUUUGGUUUUGGUUUAGGUACAUUUUGGUUAUUAAUCAUAGACCAAGUUAGUUUUUUUUUUUUUUUUUUUUUUUUUUUUUGGAGCUAAGGAGAAGGGCUGGUGUUAAUUAAAACUUGCACCUUUACUCAAUUAUUUGGUUCUCUUCA